AUGUCGACUUUAAAUCUGGGUCUAGUUCUGAUAAUCCUAGGAUUCAUGUUGGAAACAAAGAUGGGGGAAUCUAUGAGAUUCGAAUUGGAUUCAGGGCAAACCAAAUGCAUAUCAGAAGACAUUAGGACAAACGCAAUGAGUGUUGGCAAAUACGCCAUUGUUAAUCCACAUCAAGGUUCAUUGCCUCAUUCUCAUAAACUCACUGUCAAGGUGAGUUCACCUUAUGGGCACAGUUAUCACAUCGGAGAGGAUGUGGAUUCGGGUAAUUUUGCAUUUACCGCCACCGAGAACGGUGCUUACACUUCUUGUUUCUGGGCAAUUAAUCACCAGCCUCCGGUAAAGAUUACCAUUGAUUUUGUUUGGAGAACUGGUGUUGCUGCUAAAGAUUGGUCCCAGGUUGCCAAGAAAGGGCAGGUUGAUACAAUGGAGUUCGAAUUGAAGAAGUUGUACGACACCGUCACGUACAUUCAUGAAGAGAUGUAUUAUCUCCGGGAGAGGGAAGAAGAAAUGCAGCAUCUUAAUAAGGAAACAAAUUCGACAAUGGCGGCACUUAGCUUCUUUUCGAUCGCCCUAUGCUUGUCGGUGGCCGGUUUGCAGGUGUGGCAUCUAAAGACAUUUUUUCAAAGGAAGAAGCUCCUUUAGUUUCUUUGCCUCUCUUCUGUUUCUUAACUCCAUUGUUUAUAACACUUCUCUAUCUGUUAUCUUUAUUUGUCUUUUAAGAGGCUUAAAUGUUAAUAGUAAAU